CGGGCGGAGAGACUUUCUGGCGGCGCGCCCUGCGUCUUGCGUGAUUCGGGCGUUUGUUGGUCACGUUGCUAAUUUGACAUUUUUGACGUGUUGCGUGACGAAUCAGUUUUCUUUCCACCCAGAUGGAGGAUUAUUAUGAUUCGACUCCCGAGGCUUAGCUUGAGACCCUCCGGACUUGCCCCGGCAUGUCUUCCUGAUGAUCGCAGUAAAAUUGAUAUUGUCUCGUCGUUGCGGGCUACUCAUUACUGGAUUUCUUUGCAUUGGAAUUCUACUCCCAAUGGAGUACAUUCGCGUAGCAGCACGACGUUGAAAACGUACCCGGCUUGUGGUCAUCGCGAAUUCACGGCCGGCAAUUCUACAUCUACGGAACAUUAUCUCUCGACUAGGUCUCUCUCACAUGAGCACUUUGUCCAUACCUUCUCCAUCUCACAUCACGUUGGAAAGCAAACUUUUGAAGUUUUGCAAGAGCACCACAACGAACAUGCUCAACGACAUGCCUUGCGGCUCAUGACGGGAAUAGUCGACAUGCAUUCGUGAAGUAUUUAUCCGCCAUCGCAAUGACUAGAUUGUCAAAAUGCAGCAAUCAAACACAAUAUGCAGAAUGACUUUGUUCAUGCCUUCGCCUCCCUCGCCCGCAACCUGACCGGUUUCGCAGGGCAGCUGGUGAGGGUCAAGUUCUGUGUAGUGAUCGCCUCGAAAUCUCCCGGAUGGGCCUC